AUGGAAGUUGUUAGUGAUAAUAACUUUGAUUCUAAUGUGAAUACUAAUUUUGCUGUAGAAGUUGAUAAUGUUAAUAAUGAUGAAGAAAUACAACAAGAAAUCGCAAAUACUAUAAUAAAUCAUGCACAAACUUAUUCUAGUAUACAAUCGCUAUAUAUACUUGAAGAAAGUAAAGAGUAUCGUAAAUUCACCUUACCUCUUCAAACAUAUCAUAAGUGGAUAAAGGAAGAAGAAGCAACAAAACAAAUAAAUUUUAUAAAACCUCAUGGAUCAUAUAAAAAUGAAUAUGGAGGAGUUUGGACUGAACAUUAUAUCUGCUCACGUAGUGGUACAAAGCAAGUACGCAAUGAUCGUGUACAAGAAGGAAACUCACAAAAAAAGCGUCAAGUUCAGAAUGAAUCAAAAAAAGUUGGUUGUCGAUGUGAAAUACGAAUUCGUUAUAAGCCAUCUGUUUUUCCUCAUGAUAUUGUAAUAGUUCAUUAUCAGUAUAACCACAAUGGGCAUACACCUGGAAGUCGUGCAGAUGUUCAACAUUUAAGAAAGUCAGAAGAAACUAUUACAGAGAUUAAAAAGUUUGCUCGACAAGGUCUAUCACUUUCAGCAAUUCGACAAUUAAUGAAAGCACCAGAGGAAAUAACAGAAAGGGAUUAUCAUGAAGAAACUAUUAGAUAUGAGUUAAAUAUUGGACGAAUGGGAUCACAUCAUAGAACUUGGAGAAAGUUUGAAAUGAACUCAACUAAUAUUGAUGAUGAUUCAAUUUUUCGUCUACAUGAAUCCAUGUUUAUUAUUAAAUCAAAUCAAAGUGAAUGCGAUUAUAUUAUUGAACGUUGUGAUGAUGACUUUGCUUGCAAUUGUGAAGUAUACUUGAAAAAUCCUACUCCUUGUAAACAUAUAUUUGCCAUUUCACGUAAGUAUAAUAUUGAAUUACAAGAACAGAUCACUUAUUUACCCCUAGAAUAUGAAGAACAACUCGAUAAUGCUGAUAUUGACCAAAAUGAAUUAUUGGAAAAAGUCAACAAAUCUAUUAAUCAGCAAAUGGAACG